GUUUACGAUUGUACGCUUGGUGUGCGCGUGUCGUCAUUAUCAGACCGGCAGCGAUAAACGCGCGCGUGAAAAGAAAACCUGAUUUUUCCGUAGUGCACCGUAAGCUCCUUUCAAUAGUACCGCCAGUACGGUCAGAGGGUCUUACGGUGUUGAUAAGAGCAUGGCUGCGGGCUUAUCGACGAUUUUGCAAUACUUUCUGACAUUCUCGUUGACCCAACAGCCAACAAACACAUACGUGUAGUGCAGCACAGUAAUAUAUUGCCAACACAGUGGAAACAUUUAAUAACAGUUUGAACACACAAGCGAGAUUUGUGUCAUUCCAGUCGUCGCGAUCGCCGUGAAUCGGUUUCAACUGGUGGAUUCCUCUCGACAAGAGUGACCUUUACACCGCUGCUGCUAAAUCAGCAUCGACCAAGGUGUAAUGCGGAUGUUGGGGUUGAUCAAGGCUGGACGUGAAUCACGUCAUCUGCUGACCGCCGUGACUCGUGCUGUCACCCAUAACGCCAGAUGUAUCAGCAAUCUUAAGGGCAAAAUAAUAGCUAUAAGACGAGAGGAUCAAUCAGUAUGGGAGAGGAGGGCACCGCUAGCUCCAGCGAACGUACGUCGCCUCGUGAGGUCGGGCGUGAAGGUAAUUGUGCAGCCCAGCAACCGAAGGGCGUAUCCCGCCCAGGCCUACCAGGCAGCAGGCGCCCUGCUGCAGGAGGACAUCAGCUCAGCUUCCGUCAUCUUCGGCGUCAAGCAGGUACCCGUGGACCAGCUGAUACCCAACAAGACGUACUGCUGCUUCUCGCACACCAUCAAAGCCCAGGAGAGUAAUAUGCCUCUCCUGGACGCGCUCCUCGAGAAGAAUAUACGUCUUUUAGACUACGAGAAGCUCACGGAUGCGAAUGGCCAGAGAGUGGUGGCUUUUGGCAAAUACGCCGGGGUCGCCGGUAUGGUGAACAUACUUCACGGUUUGGGCCUGAGGCUGCUAGCCUUGGGUCACCAUACUCCGUUCAUGCACAUCGGACCGGCGCAUAAUUAUAGGGACUCGGCUAUGGCACGCCAGGCGAUCCGUGGCGCGGGAUACGAGAUCGCGCUGGGCGCCAUGCCGAAGUCGAUCGGCCCGUUGACCUUCGUCUUUACGGGCAGCGGCAACGUUAGUCAGGGUGGCCAAGAGGUCUUCCAGGAGCUGCCCCACGAAUACGUGCCGCCCGAAAUGCUGCGGAAGGUCGCCGAGCACGGCGAUACGACGAAGAUAUACGGCUGCGAGGUGCGGCGCAGGCAUCACCUGGAGAGGAAGGAGGGCGGCGGUUUCGAUCCCGAGGAGUACGACCAGCAUCCAGAGCUGUACAUCUCCACUUUCAGCAAAAAGAUAGCGCCAUACGCCUCGGUCAUCAUCAACGGCAUAUACUGGGCGGUGGAUUCACCGAAGCUGUUAACGAUCCCGGACGCAAAGUACCUCCUCAGGCCCGCUAAUACACCUUGGCUGCCGAUAAGCGUCGGCGCGCCCGCUCUACCGCACCGGAUGCUCGGUAUCUGCGAUAUAUCUGCGGAUCCGGGCGGCAGCAUCGAGUUCAUGAACGAGUGCACGACGAUCGACACGCCAUUUUGCUUGUACGAUGCCGACCGGAACAAAGACACGAAGUCCUUCAAGGGCCCGGGCGUGUUGGUUUGCUCGAUCGACAAUAUGCCCACACAACUGCCGAGGGAAGCGACAGAUUUCUUUGGCAACCUUUUGUAUCCAUACGCCUUGGACAUCAUACAGUCGGACGCGAAAAGGCCGCUAGACGAGCACAACUUUAGCCCCGCCGUGCAUGGCGCCAUUAUCGCGUCCAACGGGAAGUUGACGCCCAAUUUCGAGUACAUUCAAGAACUCAGGCAGCUGAAUCAACGUAGCAGGCACAAAGCCGAUAACGGAGAACAGCAGAGUAAAACGGUGGUCGUUCUCGGCGCAGGGUACGUUUCCGCACCCUUGGUCGAGUAUUUGCACAGGGAUAAGAAUAUAAGGCUGGUGGUGGCGUCGCAGCUGAAGGAUGAAGCUGACGCGCUGGCCAAUCGAUUCCCAGGUGUGGAGCCGGUUUUCUUGAAUGUCUUGGAUCGCCCCGACACGCUGCACGACGUCAUCAAAUCGGCGAACGUGGUCGUCUCCCUUCUGCCAUACUCGUUGCACCACGUCAUUGCCAAGGCUUGCAUAGAAACCAAAAAUCACUUGGUAACAGCGAGUUACAUGAACGAUGACGUCAAGGCAUUGCACGAAGAAGCUCAAGAAGCUGGCGUUACAGUGCUGAAUGAAGUCGGAUUGGACCCGGGCAUCGAUCAUCUUUUGGCAAUCGAGUGUUUCGAUGAUGUGAGACAGGCGGGCGGCAAGAUAGAGUCUUUCGUUUCGUGGUGCGGUGGUUUGCCCGCGCCGGAGUGUUCCUUUAAUCCUCUGAGGUACAAAUUUAGCUGGUCCCCACGAGGCGCAUUGUUAAACACCCUCGCGCCAGCAAAAUAUCUUCACGAGGGCCAGGAAGUGGAGAUCGCGGGAGGCGGCGAUUUGAUGUCCACCGUGCAGGACUUGGACUUUCUUCCGGGCUUCGCCUUGGAGGGCUUUCCUAAUCGAGACAGCACGAUAUACAGGGAUUAUUAUGGCUUGCAAAACGCGAGUACCGUACUGCGUGGUACGCUCAGGUUCAGGGGAUUCUCGGAUACCAUACUCGGCCUGCAAUUGCUCGGUCUGAUCGAUCCAAAUCCGCAUCCGAUUUUACACCCAAAUGGGCCGGAGAUUACUUGGCGACUGCUGGCGUGCAACUUGCUUGGUUUGGCGAGCGACAAUAUCUUUUAUGGGAAUCUGAAGCAGAAAUUGGCGGAAAGAGUGAACUCGUGGGAGCGCGUGAAGGCCAUUGAAGAUCUGGGCCUCCUGGAGGAAGAUCUGGUUUUGAAACUGAACACGCCUCUCGACACACUUACGCAUUAUUUGUCGAAGAAGCUCUAUUACGAGAAAAACGAACGCGACCUUGUGAUACUAAGGCACGACGUCGGUAUACUUUGGCCAGAUAACAGGAGAGAAGCCAGAGGAAUAAACUUGGUGAUUUAUGGCGAUGCCUCUGGACAGUCCGCAAUGGCGCGUACCGUCGGUUAUCCCGCAGCUAUCGCCGCUAAAAUGAUUCUGGACGGUGAAAUUCAGCAGCGUGGAAUGGUGCUGCCUUUCACGCCUGAUAUAUAUCGACCCAUUCUUAACCGACUGAGAGCUGAAGGUGUACAAUCCUUCGAGACUUCUAAAUGGCUAUGACUGAUUCACCAUAAAUCACUAUAAUUAUUUUCCGACUGUACAUAUCUCUUGUAUUGCAAAAAUUAAAAUUUAAUAUAUUUCACUUU